AUGAAUAGAGAUAAACGAGAACCCGAGUAUCCAACAGAGUUGGAGUCUCAAUUUGUAAUGCGCUUACCUGAAGAGCCUUCAAAAGUUUUGAGAGAAGUGUUAAAAUCUGGAGAGAACCUAAAAAACAGACUGACGAUACAAAUAGAAAACGAUAUGCGUACGGGCGAGGUAAGAUUUGAUCAUUGGUUGAUGCACGCCAAGAUCGUAGACCUACCAACCAUCAUAGAAUCUCUCAAAACGAUCGACAACAAAAGUUUCUACAAAACAGCAGAUAUAUGCCAAAUGAUGAUAUGUAAAGAAGAACCUGACCAACCGUCCACAGAGGAAGAGUCACCAGCUAAAAAUAAGAAAAAAGAUCCUUACAAAGUUGACAAAAAGUUCUUAUGGCCUCACGGCAUCACACCACCGACAAAGAAUGUGCGGAAGCGCCGAUUUAGAAAAACCCUUAAAAAGAAAUAUGUAGAAGCACCAGAAAUUGAAAAAGAAGUGAAGAGAUUGCUAAGAGCCGACAAUGAGGCUGUGAGUGUUAACUGGGAGGUGAUCAAGGAGGAAGAUGAUCAUCCCAAACAAGAACAGAGUGCACCUGUUAAUCUCAAACCUGAGAAGAAAACCAAAGCUGAACGUAAUCCUAAGCGAGAGUCUGUCUCUGUUGAUGUAUCCAACCAUGAAUCUUCCAAUGUCGUGGACAUAUUUGGUGGUGCAGUCAGUGAUUCUGACUUGGAGGAUGAUAACAUCAAUGUGGAGAUGGAAGACAGUCGGUUGUCAGCUUAUGACAGCAGACUAUCUGACACCAACUCCAUGCAUGGUGAGGGUCCAUCAAAGAGUACAAUGCCUACUCAAUUCAGGUCACACAUGUUCCAAUCGCCACAAGACCUAGCUCCAAAGUCAUUCCCGGGCCACAGCAGGGCAACUACUCCAGCAGCAUCAGGAAUGUCAAAAAGUGGUGGUUUAUCAUCAGAGGAUGAUGGUGAUUAUCAACCGAGAGAUAAUAUGUCUAAGGACAAUAUGACACUUAGGAUUGAGCAGUUGAGAGCUGAACUUGAAGAAUUGAAACAGAGGAGACAAAGGACUCAGCAUGAGAUUGCUGGCAUGGAGAACCUGGCAUUGAGGCAGAGGUUCCAGGAUAUUCUGCAUACUCUUAACCAGGACAUCAUGUACAAGGAAAUGGAAUACCAGGGCCUGCUGACACUGCAGAACUCUGAUGAUAUCUAG